ACUACAAUAUACAGCAGCAUUUUAAAUAUAUUAGUAUGAAAUGUGUUUAUUUUACGUGCUCAUGUAGAGGAUGUAUUACACUGGGCUAGGGUGUUGUCAUUAGAUCCGUACUUUCUAUCAGUAAUAUAACCUUUGACCAGUCACAUGACCAUCAAAACACACAAAUCUGGGUUUUGUUUACUGAAGAAAUGAAGUUUUUCAACCUUUUCGGUCGCUUAAAAUCAAAUGUCAUAGGCAUGAUUCACGUUGGAGCCUUGCCAGGAGCCCCCUUGAGCCGCGCAGCUAUCUCUGAGAUCACAGAGGAGGCUUGUCGAGAGGCGGAGAUUUACCACCGCGCAGGACUUGAUGGGCUGAUCAUUGAAAACAUGCAUGAUAUUCCGUACACCCUUGAGGUGGGUCCAGAAGUGUGUGCAUCCAUGACAGCUGUGUGUGCAGCAGUCAGGCGCCUGUAUCCAUCUUGGCCGCUUGGUGUUCAGAUUCUCUCAGCUGCAAACCAAUCAGCAUUGGCUGUUGCCCUGGCCUCAGGGCUGGAUUUCAUCCGUGCAGAGGGGUUUGUGUUUUCACAUGUUGCAGAUGAAGGCUUGUUAAAUGCGUGCGCUGGUGAGCUGCUGCGCUACCGCAGACACAUUGGAGCAGAGCACAUUCAGAUCUUUACAGACAUCAAGAAGAAGCACAGUGCUCAUGCCCUAACUUCAGAUGUCAGCAUAGCUGAGACGGCCCAAGCAGCUGAGUUCUUCCUCUCUGAUGGAGUCAUCAUCACAGGAACUGCCACUGGAGCGCAGGCCAAUCCAGAGGAACUGAGGGAGGUUACCCAGUCUGUCCGGAUCCCUGUUCUCAUCGGCUCUGGUGUAACCCAUGAUAAUGUGGAGCACUACCUUCAAGCAAGUGCCAUGAUCAUAGGCUCCCAUUUCAAGAAAGGAGGUCACUGGGCAAAUGGUGUGGAUACUGAGAGAGUCAAAAGGUUCAUGGGGAAGAUGCAUGAACUUCAGAAGUAACUGUUGUAAUUCAGUUGCACGGAAAAAAUAAACAAAUGUAAACAAUGUGAA